AUAACAACAUGAUGAUGAAAAACAAAGCAGCCCUGAUAGAACUUGCACAAAGUUGGGCCAUCUGCAAUGGAUUUAUCUUGAAGAGCCAACGUGGACAAUCCUUCCAAUCCGAUCCAAUACCAUUCACUCUCACUCCAACAGGAAUCAAUAGAAAAGCCUACGAAAAGGUUGUUUCCAUUGCUCCAUUGUUGAAUACACUCGUUGAUCGUAUGAGUAGAGAUUCUACCUUUAUCAAUCAAUCCCUGGAAAGUGUUGCCAAGUAUGAUGAUUUUGUGAAACGUUUAUUGGACAUUUAUAAUGAAACCUACGAGAGGAAUAAGAAUGACUAUCAAUUAGCUGUUCAUCGUUCCGAUUAUAUGAUCCAUGUGGAUGGAAAGAGUGGACAGGAAAUUCCUCAACAAGUUGAAUUGAAUACAGUUUCAUCUGCUUUUGGUGCUUUGGGAGCAACAACACACAAAUUGCACUCCUAUUUGCAACAAUAUAGAUCAUGGCUUGUUCCCGAAUAUCCAGAACAAGAAUUGGAACCAAAUAAUUCAUUGGAAAACAUUGUCAAUGUGAUGAGACAGAGUCAUGAAACUUUUGUUCAGGAAAAUCCAAGCAAUUUUGGUAGCAUGCCUUACUUUAUGCUUUUUGUUGUUCAGGAUGGAGAACGUAAUGUCGGUGAUCAAAAACCAUAUGAGCAUUUACUCUUACAAAAGUAUGGAAUUUUCGUUUUGAGAAGAAGUAUGAAGGAAUUGAUUGGAAAUGUUGAACUUGUAAAGGAUGAAAAGUCAAAUAGACAACACUUGGUGAUUGAAAAGCAAUAUCCUGUCAGUGUUGUUUACUUUAGAUCAGGUUACACACCAGAUGAUUUCCCUACUGAAAAUGAAUGGGAAGUAAGAAGUGUUUUGGAGACUUGUACGGCAAUUAAAUGUCCAACUAUUGGUGUUCAAUUGGUUGGUACAAAGAAGAUUCAACAAAUCAUGUUUGAAGAUGCUGUUUUACAAAAGUAUUUGACCAAGGAAGAGGCUCAAUCAGUUAAGGAAGCAUUCACUGGAAUUUAUUCAUUGGAAGAAUCAGAAUCCUUGCAAUACAUGAGGGAAGCUUUUGAAAAUCCAGACGAUUAUGUUUUAAAACCUCAAAGAGAAGGAGGAGGCAAUUUGGUUUAUGGAGAAAAAUUAAAGGAAUAUUUGGACAUUAUUUUACACGACAAGUCACACACUGAAUAUGCCUCAAUCAAGUAUACUUACAUUUUAAUGAAAAAGAUCAAACCACAAUUACACAAUAAGGACAUUAUUAGACAAGGACAAGUUGCAGGUGGUGAAUGUAUUAGUGAGCUUGGUAUUUAUGGUAUCUAUCUUGGAAAUGGUUCACAAGAAUUGACUAAUGGAAGUGCUGGAUAUUUAUUGAGAACCAAGUUGGCUAAAUUCCAAGAUGGAGGUGUUGCAAGUGGUGUUGCUUCUAUGGAUUCUAUUUAUCUUCGUGAUUAAAAUAAAUAAUUUUUU